UGGGAGGCGGACAGCUACAUAGACUGCGUCUUGAAUCAUUGAGACAGUAGCCGAUUUAAAUGAGACAUCCGGCCUAGAAACUCCGGCGAUCUACUAUAUAAAUAAGCCCUUUCACCUCGAUCUGGUUCAGUGGUAGCCAGUAGAUCAGAUAUUUCCCUUAUUUUCAGUCUAAGACGCUCCAAAGAUGUGUUCCCUUACCUUGUUCACCUUGCUCUUAGCCCCUCUAGGGGUUCUCGCUUCUUCAAGCCCUUCUAGCCCUUCAAACCCCCCAAGCGGCACCAUCAUUUUGCCUAAUUUCGAACCGCCAAACAUGGUUCGCGAUGCUGUGGAAACCAUCGCUACACCUGCGCCGUGCGCAUUUCUGAACCCGUUACCCAGCGAGGAAGAGACUCGCAGGCGGUUCGACAAGUUCGCCGACGCUUUCAUGGUGAAGCAUAACCUCACCGAAGCGUUCGAAUACGUAUCCUCGAUAUACAUAAACCAUGACCCCAUGUCUCCGGGGAACGGUCCUGACGUUGCUUUAUCUACCUUGUCCACAUUUUGGGAUCACAUCCAGAUCACACCACUCCGUCAAAAAUUCGAGGGGAACAUGGGAUGGAUGAGCUAUAAUGCCAUGCCUAAGGGUGUAAUCAACGACCGGUUCAGAUGGGAGGCAGGCUGUAUCGUUGAACACUGGGAUGAGGAGAAGUUCCCUAAUAAAUGAGCUAUAUACGAGCAGAGAUACUCCCAUUGGCGGUGGCCGAUAGAUAGUGGCUUGGUGACUUUGGGUGGUGAUUUGACAAUUGAUACGCUAUAGAUCUGAUCCCUCUUUGUCUUAACUUGUUUGGCUGGCGCGGACUAGUUUUCUGUAGGUGCCAUAGGUGCUUGCAUAUGGACAAUAUGGGCAAUAUGAUUGGUACCGCGAGGUUGGCCAGGGAUGUGCGUCAUCUUACUUCAUGUCUUAAACUCUUGGUUCAUGUUGUGCGAGUUCACGUUGUGCUUCGGUGGGAGAAGUGAGUACCUGCUGUACGUAACCUAGGAAUAUACUGCUUAUGUAAGAGGACACCGAGUGGGGGCAGGUCAGAUUCACUGAUUGAAGUUGCACAUUCCAAUCUUUAAAACGAAGCUAAUGCAGUUCAUCCCGCACCGUCCGCCAUAAGUAUAUUGUACCUUUUUAGCCAAUCAUUAGGUAUG